CAUGUAUAGAUGGGGCAGGACGAGGACAUGAUGGUCGACGAGACAUUAAUACCUUGGACCGAUUUUGUUGAAAAAUCUGUAUUGAAGGACGUGUCACCAAGGGAAAUCAAACGACAAGAAGUUAUUCAUGAGCUUGUCCACACAGAGCGAACUCAUCUCAAGAAACUAAAGACGAUCUACUAUGUCUACUAUGUUCCACUCCAAUCCAGCAAGCACGUCUCACCAACAAAAGUCGACGAACUCUUUCCUCAACUCAUAAAAAUCAUAGAAAUUCAUGGCUAUGUGGUGAAAAGCUUGAAGGAACGAUACAACGAAUGCCAGAUGCAAGAAGAAACUCGAGGACGUCUCACAUUAGUUGGAGACAUCAUGCUAGGAUUGUUUGAUAGUGUGCUGGGCGAUGAGCUGAUUGAUGCAUGUUCGGAGUUUGUUUCCAGUCAAAUAGCAUCUUUGGAGUUCAUCAAAGCUAUGCGUAGUAAAUCGAAGGACUUUGAUCGAUUUAUGCAGCGGUGUGAAGCAAUGUCAGUUUGUUCUCGACUCCAAAUCAGUGACCUCGUGUCAACUGUCAUGUCGAGACUAACAAAGUACCCGCUGUUGUUGGAAAAGCUUUUGAAACACACUGACAAGAGCGAUCCUGAUUAUGCGUUCAUCGAGAAUGCACUGGAUGCAUCUAAAGAAACUUUGAUGGAAGUGAAUGAACAAGUUGCUUUGACUGAAAAUCAUCAGUUUUUAAAGGAAAUUCAACGGAAACUGGACACGAGCCCUCUUGAAAAGGCAGGAUUACAGCUGGAAGAAACGAAGAAUUUUAGUUUGGUUUUACCUGGAAGAGAACUGCUGUAUGUGGGAUGUUUGAGUUGGAAGAUUGUCAAACAGAGAACUACAAAUGUGUAUGGUUUGCUAUUGAGUGACAUGUUGGUUCUUCUCGAGCACAACGAAGACAAAGACAGAUAUCUUCUCAAACCUCGUCCUGAUCCAAACAUUAAAGGAGACAGAAGUCCGAUCAUUACAUUCAGAGACCUCUUCAUCAGAGACGUAGCCACAGACAAAAAGGCUUUCUUUGUAUUGAGCACAUCGAGUGGUGGACCACAAAUGCAUGAACUGGUGGCACGUUCGUUCACAGAACGAGAAACGUGGAUUAUGAAGCUGAAUGAAGCUGCCGCUGCUUGGAAAGCAACAAUAGUUAAAGGUGGCCAGGCUCUCCAAACUGGAUCUGAGAGACGACGCAAAUCAACUCCAGAGAAAUUCAUUGAGCCGUCUGGCUUGUCUGACAGCGAGGAAGACCAGCUAGAAGUUACUGAAACAACAACUGAACAACUACAAGGAUGUCUUCGUCAGCAGACAGAUGUCAUUGCUGGCGCUUUGGACAAGAAAGCAACUCUGCUCCAGAGGCUUAAGGAGUCACUACCAAGUACAUCAGACCAGUCAGCAGCUAACAAUCCUGAGCAACUUGAACGGGAAAAUUUAUGUAAAGAGUCACCACUGGAAAUGAGAUUGAAAGUGUUGGAUGUCGUUGAACAAGCUGACCUUGUGACUCGGCUUGUCAAUCAACUUGCUCACCAAACUCCACUCCAGAGUGAGGAAACAAAGACUGAUGAUGUUGCCCAACUACCAAACGAGUCACUAGUUCAAGCUUUGGUUUCUGCUGCUGCUUCCAUGAAUAGCAGACUCGCUCGUCUUCUGGAGCCAGAGACCGCCGAGGAAGCAAGGAAUUUAGUAUCAGAGUCAGAUUCUGUAGUUGACAAGAGUGAUUCUCUACAACGUCCUAGAUCUCAAGUCAUUUCAGAGUCAAGGGCCAGAGGUUCAUUCGACCGGAUGUUCCCACCUCUAUCAGAAACUAUCUCAGAACACAGUCGGAGCUCUCCAAUGUUAUGUUGUCAACGACACGCUUCGCCCAACAUCCUUGAACUGCAGCAGACAAUAGAAAAACAACUAAGUCCCGCGUCAUCUCCAGUACUAGAAAAACAAAGAUCUUUCUCGUGCAACACACCAGCUUUGCACUUGGACUUGGAAAAAACAGAAACAGAAGAGUCGGGCUCACCUACAGACACGUCACACUCACAUCAAGUUGCAAGCCCAAACGAUUCAACUCGAGUUAUUGCUACAUUGGAAUCGGAGCCAGUCGAUUGUGAUGACGAUUGUGUAGCUUUUGAAGAAGGAGGUGUACAUGUGAUUGCUGCAGAGAACACCAAUGACGUCACCAGUUCGUGUACAGUUGAUAGUCAUGUGACGUAGUCGGAUCAAUGCAUAUGCUGUAUAGUUUGUCUCUCUGUAUUUUGGUAAUAGACUGCUGGCUGAUGAAGUAUGGUUGUUAAUUAAUUUAUUACCUGACUCUUUCUACUAUAUCUUUCUGGAAGUAAUUGUUCAAUGACGAACUUUGUAAUAGAAUUUUGUACCAAUA